CACUUUAAUGGGCCAAAAGUCCAAAUUCUCAAAUGCAAAACUCAAGCCCAAAAACCUAUUUCUUCAAUUUGAUAUUCAGCUUUCAUUGUCUUUACCAUCAACACAGUAAAGCGAUGGCUGCUUUGAGAAAAUUAUUAUUACCCAAAAAUACAAGUGUUGUAAUAUCAACCUCUCCAAUUUACCUUUCUCGUAGAGGCAUAGUUUCUAAGCUAUUUGUUGGAGGACUCUCAUUUUACACCACAGAGAAGGGACUGUCAGAGGCAUUUUCUCAACAUGGUCAAGUUAUUGAAGCGAAAAUAGUGACGGAUAAAGUUUCAGAGAGAUCCAAAGGUUUUGGAUUUGUCACCUAUGCAUCUGAAGAUGAAGCGGAGAAGGCGUUGCAAGAAAUGAAUGGCAAGCCUCUCAAUGGACGCGUUAUCUUUGUGGACUACGCGAAGCCUAAAACUGAUGGGGGCGGUAUGCCAAUAGCCCGAGGUCCCCCCGAACCACCAGUAGAACAAUGAGAGUUAUCAAACACAGACCACUAUGACUCUUUGUGCUGCCGGAGUUGCAAGCCUUGCUCUUGCAAAAUGAUUCGUCUUAGCAUUUGGCCAGCAGUCAAGAACUACUCGAAUAUAUUGUAUUGUAUUUAGUCUAAAGCAGUUGGUUCCGGGCACUGUCUCGGAUCGUGACAAUAUGCAACCAACAAGCUUCGAAGCAUAGCGAAUUUUAUUGGAUAAAUUCAUAUCAAAAUUUGAAUUAAAUCUUAAAUUCAUGA